AUGGGGUUCUUCGGGAAGAAGGAUUCCUCGAAUCCAGAUGUCAUCGAAACCAUUCCACCUGAGCAGGACUCGGAGAAGCAAAUCCCUCUGCACGAAGAUACCGCGCUUCCUCAGAUUCCUGCGCCCGUCAUUAAAAUCGACCCCGCCGUUGAAGCUCGACUGUUGCGCAAACUCGAUUUUAGAGUUCCUAUGCUGGUUGGCUUUUUCUUCGUGCUCGCUUCUCUCGACCGCAGUAACAUCGGAAAUGCCAAAAUCGCGGGCAUGGAGGAGGAUCUCGGCCUCACGUCGGAGAAAUACACAUGGCUUUUGACCAUCUUCUACAUUUCAUAUGCGAUCUUUGAAUUUCAAGCGUUGAUGUGGAAAGUCAUGCCGCCUCAUCGGUGGGCGGCCAUUACUGUGCUUGGCUGGGGUAUUGCUUCGACAUGUCAAGCUGCGGCUCAGAACUGGCAGGGUAUGAUGGCUUUGCGAUUUCUGAUGGGUAUCUUUGAAGCUGGAUUCGGACCUGGUGUCCCCUUUCUGCUAUCCUUUUUCUACCGUCGUCAUGAAAUCGGUCUUCGCUGUGGUCUGUACGUCGCUGCCGCACCUCUGGCAAGUACAUUUGCCGGUGCCCUCGCCUACGGAAUCACAUCCGGUCACUCCAAGCUGGCCAAUUGGCGACUGCUAUUCCUCGUGGAGGGUAUUCCCACCUGUCUGGCCUCUAUUCUGGCCUGGUUCUUUCUGCCCGAUAACCCAGCGUCUGCUACAUUCCUCACGGAAGAAGAGAGAGAAGUCGCCCGUGCCAGAGCACUCCGAAGAACAGGCGAGUCCGAAAAGAAGCGUGGACUCAACUGGAAAGAGCUCGGCGAGACUCUACUUGAUGCCAAAGCGUGGCUCACUGCUCUCAUGUACUUCAGCUGCAACGUCAGCUACUCCUCUCUCCCCGUCUUCCUCCCCACCAUCCUAGAAGACAUGGGCUUCACCUCCAUCAACGCCCAAGGUCUCACCGCACCCCCUUACUUCCUCUCCUUCAUCAUCACAAUCCUAACAACCUACAUCGCCGACCGCCUCCAACAACGCGGCCUAAUGAUCAUCUUCCUCUCCAUCGUCGGCGCAGUCGGCUACAUCCUCCAAGCAACCUGCACCUCCGUCGCCAUCCGCUACUUUGGCGUCUUCCUCGCUGCCUGCGGUGUCUUCCCCUCCAUCGCGAACGUCCUCCCCUGGGUCGUGAAUAACCAGGGCUCCGACUCCCGCCGUGGAAUGAGCGUCGUCAUUCUGAACAUCGUCGGCCAGUGCGGCCCGUUCUUGGGAACGAGUAUCUUCCCGAGUAGUGAGAGCCCGAGAUAUAUCAAGGGUCAGUCGAUUUGUGCCGCUUUUAUGUUCUUCACUACCCUGCUUGCUUUGGCGCUGCGCACGCUCCUGGUUUGGGAGAAUAAGCGUCUCGAUAAGAAGUACGGGCCUGUGGAGAAGAAUGAAAAGGAGGAGACAGUCGGUGAUGAGAACUACGGUUCAACUUUCCGAUAUGUGCUAUAA